AAUCCGUGGGAGAGCAAAUGACUGGAACUCUGGGAGGAUCUGUAACUUUCCAUCUGAAGAGACUUCAAAAAAAAUCCACCCAGAUUUCCUGGUUUAAAACAGUAGAAAAGCAGACUGUUAUUAUUGCUGAUGUGGAUGUAGGUCUGACCUGCCGCACGAGUGUCCUGCGCUUUGAAUUUGUGCAGAGACUGGUUGUCUCUGAGGACUGCAAGAGCUUACAAAUCAGCCCUUUAUAUCAAAAUGACUCUGGAAGAUACAUUGGACAAAUAGGGGAAUAUUAUGAGACCUUCAGUCUGAAAGUGUACAAAAAUCUAGCAGAGAAUGAUCUGGACAUCCAAUGUGGAAAUGAUGGAAAUGACGUGUUGCAGCUGAACUGUUCUGCAGGGAGGUGGGAAGAUGGAGUGAAUUAUAGCUGGACCUCACAGAGCGAGAAUGGAAAAAGCUCCCCUCAGACUGUCCAGAUCCAAGGGGAUGACAUGAACUACACCUGCACAGCCGAGAAUCCUGUCAGCAAGGCCUCCAAGACAGUCUCUGUCCAGCAGGCCUGUGAAGGUAUCACUGUUGGGUCUCCUUCUCAUUUACUGAUUGGAGCGACAGUCGCGGCAUUGAUUGUUGUGAAAGUGAUCGCCAUUGUUCUUGCUGUUGCUUUGGCAUCAAGAAAAAAGAGACCCCAGAGAAGAUAGGGUGAGACUGCAGCAUUUAGCAACAGUCAGUUUUGGGAGACCUUCAUCUACCGUGUCCUAAUUUCCUCCAA